UUUCGUGCACAUGUGCACAUAUUUUAAAGCCAGCAAACACUCAGGCUUCAUGACUAUUAAACCAAGAUACAGACGUGAACACAUCUUCUGUCAAGACACAAUGAAAAGCCUCUUGAGGACGAUGAAGGAGAGUGGAUAUGGGAACUCUGUUGUUGGGUUUGAGAGGUCACACAAAUGUGGCCCGUCCUGCCUGGGUCCUAUGACCUUUGAGAGUCAGACUGUGGGAAACAAGGUCCGCCUGAGCCAGGAGUGUCUAGUUGCAGAGAGGAUGGAGGGCACCUUCAGGAACGGUCUGGUGUUCAGCAGCCGCCCGGUGAAGGUCCAGGAGAGGAUUUGUCUGAGAGUGCAGAGGAAUUUGUUUAACUGGCACGGAGCUCUACGUGUGGGCUUCACCAACGUGCCGCCGACAGCCCGAGCUAAACCUCUACCCAGCAUGGCCAUCCCUGACCUCACUGACAUCCCCGGGUACUGGGCUACUCCUGUGCAUGAAUCCUACUGUGAGGCAGGCUCAGUGCUGAUGUUCUGGGUUUCUCAUGGUGGCAGCAUUUACGUCACAAGUAACAACAGCGGCCAGCACAAGGUCCUAACAGGAGUGGACCUCAGUAAGCCACUGUGGGCCAUGAUAGAUAUCUACGGACAGACAUGCUCCAUUUUACUCCUGGGCUCAAAGAAAAAGGAACUGUUGUACACCAGACAAUCCUGUCCUACACCUGAACGCCUCACCUCACCUCAUUCUGACUUCAUUCCUGAUGUCUCAAGUGUCUGUGGAAACAGCGAUGAUUGCAUCUCCUGUCUUGACACAGAAGUCUCAGCAGAUCAAGGCAGCGUGUGUGUGGUGUGCAUGGUGAGAGAGGCAAGCUUCACUCUGUCUUGUGGCCACCAGUGCUUAUGUAAAAACUGCACCCCCAGAGUCCUCCAGCGGUUUGGCACCUGCCCUCUGUGUCGGCAGACGAUCAGAGCUACAUCAGUGGAGGGGAGUGGUGUGGUCAAGGUGCACUAAG